GCGGGGCACCGGCCAUGUCGGAGGGGACCCGCACUCUGCUGCAGCGCUGGGGCGCCAGCUUCAGGAGGGGCGCCGACUUCGACUCCUGGGGCCAGCUGGUGGAGGCGAUCGACGAGUAUCAGAUAUUAGCAAGACAUCUACAAAAAGAGGCCCAAGCUCAACACAAUAAUUCUGAAUUUACAGAAGAACAAAAGAAAACCAUAGGCAAAAUUGCAACAUGCUUGGAAUUACGAAGCGCAGCUUUACAGUCCACACAGUCCCAAGAAGAAUUUAAACUGGAGGAUCUGAAGAAGCUAGAACCAAUCCUAAAGAAUAUUCUUACCUAUAAUAAAGAGUUCCCAUUUGACGUCCAGCCUGUCCCUUUAAGAAGAAUUUUAGCACCCGGUGAAGAGGAGAAUCUGGAAUUUGAAGAAGAUGAAGAGGAGGGCGGUGCUGGAGCGGGGUCUCCUGAUUCCUUACCUGCUAGAGUUCCCGGUACUUUAUUACCAAGGUUGCCGUCAGAACCAGGAAUGACGUUACUAACGAUCAGGAUUGAGAAGAUCGGGCUGAAAGAUGCCGGCCAGUGCAUUGAUCCCUAUAUCACAGUCAGUGUGAAGGAUCUGAACGGCAUAGAUUUAACUCCUGUGCAAGAUACCCCUGUGGCUUCACGGAAAGAAGAUACGUACGUUCACUUUAACGUGGACAUUGAGCUCCAGAAGCACGUUGAAAAAUUAACCAAAGGUGCAGCUAUCUUCUUUGAAUUCAAACACUACAAGCCUAAGAAAAGGUUUACCAGCACCAAGUGUUUCGCUUUCAUGGAGAUGGAUGAGAUUAAACCCGGGCCCAUUGUAAUAGAACUAUACAAGAAACCCACUGAUUUUAAAAGAAAGAAAUUGCAAUUAUUGACCAAGAAACCACUUUAUCUCCAUCUACAUCAAACUUUGCACAAGGAGCGACCCUGACACGAAUACCCUGGACCUUCUGUGAAUUGUGCCACUCACUACCAGCUCUGUAGAAUCUCUCCCUUCAGGAGGCCAGCAGGCAGGCCGCGCCGGGCCCGUGGGCCAGAGGGAGCCCGCUGCAAAGCUGUAGCACAGAACCCACGUCUAGCACAUCACUGACAUGUAAGACUCUUUUGGAUACAGGCUUAUUGUAGGUUUUGAAACCUGUUUUUACUUUUCUAUUGAUUGUGCAGUUCAUAUCCUCUUUUCUAAUCGACCACUACUGCCCUGCUUCCUGGAAAAACACUGUUGUGGGUAGGGUGUGCUCAUCUUCAGACUUACUACAGCAAUAAGAAUGUACUCGAGUUUACACGUCUGUCCCUUCCGCUCCACCACGCUCUCUGGGUGUUUGGAACGAACGUCAGACUUUGGGCCGAUGUGGGUAGGAUCGUACGAAACUGCUCUGGAGCGUUUGGACCAGGUAGUCUGUCCAAGAAGGAAACUACUAGGCUGCUCCGUGAGGUGGCCUGAGCUCACCUGAUCUCAUCCUUCUCCUGCUCGGAGUGUGCCUUGGCCGGAUCAGUAUCCUUACGGGAACGUUCCCAGGUUGUUGCUGUGAUUUCUCCCGAUGACAAGAGUGUUUCGGAAAGUGAGCAUAUGUUUUGUCAUGUUGAUUCGCUGUUCUUCCAUAUCACAUUGUUUUUCUCUCUGAUCAUGAUUCUAGGGUUAACGCGGAACCAUCUCAGAAUAAUUGCCAAUAUUUAGAUGGGUUAAUAAUGUCUUCUAGAUCAUGUAAUCUA